UUGGCGUUGCAUUUCCCCGUUCCCCGCUGGGCUGUUUUUUUGACUCCCUCUGAGUCCCGUGGCUAUUUUGGUCCAGCAGUGUUGGAGCGGUUUAGGAUGGAUGCCAUCAUGCUGCAAGAAAAACUGGUGGAACGACUUCUGUGCCCUCGAGUGAGAACAGCCCGGCAGAAGGCCUCGGAGUGUGUGUUCAUAUCUGCACUUGUCAGUGCUGUGGGGGUGAGGAUGACGCUCUGCCAGAUGCAGCAGCAGCGAAAGCUCCCGUCGGCCUCAGUGAGAGACUGCUGUCCUGUGGAGAAACAGUAUGUGGGGUUUGCAACCCUGCCCAAUCAGGUCCACAGGAAGUCUGUGAAGAAGGGCUUCGAUUUCACACUCAUGGUUGCAGGUGAGUCUGGGAUGGGAAAAUCCACUCUGGUCAACAGCCUCUUCCUCACAGACCUCUACAAAGACAGGAAGCUACUGAAUGCUGAGGAGCGCAUCAACCAAACUGUGGAGAUCAUCAAACACACUGUAGACAUCGAGGAGAAAGGGGUGAAGCUCAAGCUGACCAUAGUGGACACACCGGGGUUCGGAGACGCUGUCAACAACAACGAGUGCUGGAAGCCAAUCACAGACUACAUAGAUCAGCAGUUUGAGCAAUACUUCAGGGAUGAGAGCGGCCUGAACAGAAAGAACAUCCAGGACAACAGGGUCCACUGCUGCCUCUACUUCAUCCCUCCAUUUGGACACGGGCUUCGUCCCGUGGACGUCGAGUUCAUGAAGGCCCUGCAUGAAAAAGUGAACAUAAUCCCGCUCAUAGCCAAAGCGGACUGCCUCACACCCAACGAGAUAAAAAAGCUCAAAGACAGGAUACGAGAGGAGAUAGAUAAGUUUGGGAUCAAAGUGUACCAGUUCCCCGAAUGCGACUCAGAUGAGGAUGAAGAGUUUAAACAACUUGACAAAGAGCUGAAGGAGUGCACUCCAUUUGCUGUCAUUGGCAGUAAUACAGUCGUGGAGGCACGAGGCCAGAGAGUGAGAGGAAGGUUAUACCCCUGGGGGAUUGUUGAAGUUGAAAACCAGUCGCACUGUGACUUUGUGAAACUGAGGAACAUGUUGAUCCGGUCCCACAUGCACGACCUGAAAGACGUGACCUGCGACGUGCACUACGAGAACUACAGGGCGCAGUGCAUACAGGAGAUGACCAGUAAACUGGCUCAGGACAACCGCAUGGAGAGUCCCAUCCCCAUCCUGCCGCUGUCCACUCCAGAUGUGGAGACUGAGAAGCUUAUCAAAAUGAAAGAUGAGGAGGUAAAGGCAGACUUGUGUGUCUGUGAUGGAACUUUGGGAGGAUAUAUAGAUGUAGACAUUCGUCCCUACCCUCUCUUCUGUCCACAGCUGAAGAGGAUGCAGGAGAUGCUGAACAAGAUGCAGCAGCAGAUGCACGACAAAGAUCAGUGA